UUGAUAAUGAAUAUUUUACCGAAAAAAAGGUGGCAUGUACGUACUAAAGAAAAUAUUGCUCGUGUACGACGAGAUGAAGCAAAAGCUGCAGAUGAAGAACGAAGCAAACAAGAGCGAGUACAAAAAGCUGAAGCUGAAGCUAGAAUUAAUCUUCUGAGAGAUAAAGCGAGAUCAAAAUAUGAUGGACGAAUAGAAGCAUCAAAAACUGAAACAGAUGCAUCUACUUCAAAAACAUGGGAUCAUGUUAAUUUUUUUGCUGAGCUUGAACAAGGAAAACUUGAUUAUAAUAAACCUAAUGCAGAACAUGAGAAAGAACAAAAAGAAGAAAAAGAGAAAUAUGAGAAACAAAUUGGCUAUCUUACAUACCUUGGACAAGAUACUAAUGAAGCAACAGGUAAGAAGAAUUGGUAUGAAGAAUUACCUGAAAGAUUAAAAGAUACAGAAAAGGAUGUGGAAGUACAAGUAACAAAAAAGGUACUGGAUGAUCCUAUUCAUGAUAUUAAAAAAUAUUUGAACAUUAUGGGAGCUGGUUCUAUAGAAAAAUCUUCAAAAAUGAAGUUAGAGUCUAUUAAAAGAAAAAAGGAUGACUCUGAUGAAAGUGAUUCAGAUCAUAAAAGAUCUGUAAAGAAACACAAGCACAAGAAGUCUAAAAAACAUAAAAAGGAAAAGCACAAAGAUAAAGAAAGACAAUUUAUGGAAAAACCAAAUGUAGAUGUAGAAAAAUUAAGAGCUGAGAGAUUAUUAAGAGAACAGAGUGAAAAAUUAAGGGCUGAAGCACUAUUAGCUAAAUUAAGAGGGGAUCCGGUUCCAAUAGUGGCUCCAGAGACAUCUGCUAAACCUAGUAUUAAACAAAAAUACAAUUCACAAUUCUUUCCAGAAAUUGCAAGACAAAAUGCUGAAAAAACUCCUAAUGUACAUUCAAUGAGAGAACACUAA